AUGGCAUUCGCAAGGGGAGAGCGCGUACACUUUGACUUUGAGAGUGGUUCGAUCGAGCCUGCCCCCUCCGACGGCAAAGAAGCUGGCUCGCCAUCGUCAGCGGAUUUCAUAGGCGAUAUCCUAGAGCGGGCUCCAUCUACAGCUAAUCCACCUUUAGCUCCGACCUUCAAAAGCAACACUACCGGCUUCCCAGCGCACAAGAAGCGCGUGAACCGAGUCUCUGCUUUCAAACAGCGGCAAGCGUCUAAACGGGACGAUCCAAUCUCUUCCUUCGCAAAUGAAACUGCGAAGGCGAAUUUUGGGCCCACCAUUGAUGAUGAGGAGCGGCGGCAAAUCGAUCAGGAGAACAGGCAGCGCAUAGCCGAGAUGUCUGCAAAGGAGAUUGAGCAGGAGCAGAAAGAACUUCUUUCAAUGCUUCCUCCCAGCUUAAUCCAGAAGCUUCUCGCUCGAGCUAACAUUGACGAUGGGAGCAAUGAACGGGAUUUAAUCGAGGAGCCGCCUGCUCCCCAAACUGACGAUGCAAAUGCAGAACACAAGACUAGGAGCAACAAGAAAGUGUCAUUCGAUGCUGCGGGUCCGUGGACCAUGGAACCUCCAAAAGCUCAGCCGGAAUCCACAAGCUCCGCUCCACUCGAUACUGAGAAUACUACAACUGAGGUGGACCCCAUUGCUACCCUACAUCCCGACCAACUACCCCCCUCCAUACACUUCCCCAAGCCCCCGCAACCACCAGACCUUGAUCCAACCUCUUCCACCUUCCUAACAGAUCUCCACGAAAAGUAUUUCCCCAACCUCCCAUACGACCCCUCUUCCGUCUCCUGGAUGAAACCAAUCGACCCUUCAGAUACCCAGUCCCCUUACCACCCCUCACAGACCGCGCUCAACCCGUCUGAGCUACGUUUUAACUUUAAGGGUGCGCUCUUAGCACCUAGCGCCGCGCGAGAAAUCCCUGUAACAGAAGGUCUGCACCACCAUGGUGACGCCCCUGAGGCGGCGGGCUAUACAAUACCUGAACUUGCGAGACUAUCACGGAGUACGGUGCCCACGCAACGGUGCGUAGCAUACCAGACCUUGGGGCGGAUUUUAUAUCGGUUAGGGAAAGGCGAGUUUGGAGAGGAGGAAGGGAAGCAGGAUGUUGAUGGACCGGUACAGAUUGUCAGGGAUCCCAAUAACGCUGAUGAGGAAGAUAUGGAGGAGGAGAGCGUCGGCAGUGCUAUAGCGAGGGGAUUGUGGGAUUGUGUUGAGGAGGGGAGGAUCAUUGAGACGUUGACGGAGGAGGCUGGGAAGGAAAGAGGACACCUGACGGCGAGGACGUAUGCGCAGGAAGCGCUGUGGAAUUGGAGAAGAGGUGGAGGUAGGAAGAGGAAAGCUGUUUGAGUGACCGAAAGUUUGGGAAUCUAAGAUUUCAGGAAGGAAAACUAACUUAGCGAACGGUCCAGGGCCCUGGUGGGGUCUUUAAACCCUUAACUCAAAGCCCUUCG